ACGGAGUGCGCUGUGUGCUGAGCACACUGUUGAGUUUGCAGAGCGGCUUUUGUUCUUCUUGACAUCUGUCCCAGCACUUCUCCGAAGUACUCGAUUGCGUAGCUUUUAUUAGUGUGUACUCUUGCUCCUAAUUGGUCGACGCGAAAUAGAAUCUGUCCUCAAACUGAAGUUAGAAUUACGAGAGCGGUCCAUCGGAGGUUGAGCGCAUGCGCUACUGUCAACCCGGCUUUGCUUCGCAUGCAACUGCGUGGAGAUCCCAGCGUGGUGAGCAAGAGCACCAACCAGCGCAGGAGCGUCAAGGAACGAACCAACAGCGGGCACGAGACUCUACAGGAGGACCGGAUCCAUCGAGGAGGGAACACUCGGACGACGCACCCAUCGGAAGCUGCCAAUCUUCAACUACAAACUUCUCAGCGAGUGACUUCCAACGCGCGAGACACGAAAUCAACAUCAUGGUGGAGAAUUCUUCGGAGUACUACGACAGCAACAAGAAGACCACUACAAAAUCGACCGUGUCAAGUGAUCGUCGAGUUCAUCAUAUGGAUAGGCUAUUCGAGUGCACAGUUUGCAAAAGGAAGUUCACUCAACGAUAUCACCUAAAUAGACACAUCAGAAUUCAUACAGGGGAGAAACCUUUCGAGUGCCCAGUUUGCAAUAAAAAGUUCAGUAGGUCUGAAGGUCUCCAAACUCAUAUUACUACCCACAAAGAGGAGAAGCCUUUUGAGUGCUCAGUAUGCAACAAGAAGUUUAGUUGUACACAAGGUCUCCGAAAACAUUGCAACACCCAUUUAGAGAAGAAGCCUUACGAGUGCACAGUUUGCAACAAGACGUUCAGUCAAGCUUUUAAUCUUCGAACUCAUCUGACAACUCAUACAGGGGAGAAACCUUUCCAGUGCACAGUUUGCAAAGAGGCUUACAGUCACGCUGGUCAUCUUCGAUCUCAUCUAAGAACCCAUACAGGGGAGAAGCCUUACGAGUGCAUAGUUUGCAACAAGACGUUCAAUCAAGGUAGUAACCUUCGAUCUCAUCUGAGAACCCACACAGGGGAGAAGCCUUACGAGUGCGCAGUUUGCAACAAGACGUACAGUCAUGCUGGUUAUCUUCGAAUUCAUCUUAGAACUCAUACAGGAGAGAAGCCAUUCGAGUGCACCGUUUGCAAGAAAAGGUUCAAUGAAACUGGUACGCUCCGAAUUCAUCUUAGAACUCAUACAGGGGAGAAGCCAUUCGAAUGUACCGUUUGCAAUAAAAGGUUCAAUAAAACUGGUACGCUCCGAAUUCAUCUUAGAACUCAUACAGGAGAGAAGCCAUUCGAGUGUACCGUUUGCAAUAAAAGGUUCAGUGGAACUGGUACACUCCGAACUCAUCUUAGAACCCACACGGGAGAGAAGCCUUACGAGUGCACAGUUUGCAACAAGACGUUCAGACAAGCUCGUGAUCUCCGAAUUCAUCUUAGAACCCAUACGGGAGAGAGGCCUUACGAGUGUAGAGUUUGCAACAAGACGUUCCAUCAAGCUCAUGAACUCCGAAUUCAUCUUAGAACCCACACAGGAGAGAGGCCUUUCGAGUGUAUGGUUUGCAAUAAGAAGUUUGGUCGAAGAGACAAUCUUAGAACUCAUCUUAAAACCCAUACAGGAGAGAAGCCUUACGAGUGUACAGUUUGCAACAAGACGUUCAGUCGAGCUGGUAAACUCCGAAUUCAUCUCAGAACCCACACGGGAGAGAGGCCUUUCGAGUGUACAGUGUGCAAAAAGAAGUUUAGUCGAGGAGACAAACUUAAAACUCAUCUGAAAACCCACACAUCUGAGACAAAAGAAUUGUAAUGAAGCAUAUGUCCUUUCUUAACAUCUCUGAACUAACUGUGGCUGUUUCAUCCACAGUAAAGAGAAAGAAUUCAAGCUGAGAAAACUUUGAACCUGGUUGACAAGCUUCUUGGCAGAGAGACUGUCGACAAGUGCUUUGUUCCUGAUUUACAGUGUAUUAGUUUUAAAUUCCAGUGGCGUUAAAUGGCACCUUAUCUCUUUAUUGGCAUCAUUUCAUAAUGUUCAUCUAUUUAGGUGUUUGGUUUGUUGUACUUUGGUUUGUUGACUUCGCGUGUCACGUUUGACCAGGCGCUUGCCUUGUAUAUUGCCCACUGUUUCUUUGAUUGCCUGAAUGAGUAUUAAAAAUGAUUUAACAGCA